CGGGCCUUCGCACAUUUGUGAACCGUGUUGCAGUCAUUAUGGAGUUUGUGAUGGUAACUGGGCCCUGGGAGUCCUGAUGCGUCCUCUGCCCUUUCGCGUAAGGACCGCACAGAUCCAGUGGCCCAGAAUGGCUCUGUGAUAAAUGUAUGAACCCCAGAGUGAAGGCCGCCUUCAAAAAGAUGCAGUCCUGAGAUCAACGCAGAUCGCAGAACCAUAGCUUAAGUAGGGCUUCCUCCCAAGAUUUGUCUUAUCUGGACUUUGCAGUUCUCUAACAGGAAUCUUGAGGACUGACCAGUUUGAAACCAUGGCCCAUGAUUCAGUGACAUUUGGGGAUGUAGCCAUAGACUUCUCACAGGAAGAAUGGGAAUUUCUGGACGCAGCUCAGAGGGACUUAUAUAGGAAUGUAAUGUGGGAGAAUUAUAGCAACUUUAUUUCACUAGAUUUGGAGUCCAGAUACAAGACCAAUACUUUAUCCCCAGGAAAGGAUAUUUAUGAAACAUAUUUAUUCCAGUGGGAGAUAAUGGAAACAACUAAAAGCUAUUGCCUUCAGGACUCCAUUAUUAGAAAUUAUUGGAAAUGCAAAAGUAAGUUUGAGAGGCAAAUGGAACCACAAGAAGGAUAUUUGGGGCAAAUGAAAAAUACUUCUGAAAAAAUAACAACUUACAAAAAGCAAAAUUUUCUUGCUGAAUAUCAGAGAGUUCAUAAUGGAGAAAAGUCAUAUGAAUGUAAGGAAUGUACGAAGACCUUUAUUCGUCGUUCAACACUUAGUCAACACCUGAGAAUUCAUACUGGUGAGAAACCUUAUAAAUGUAAGGAAUGUGGGCAGGCUUUUAGACAGCGUGCACACCUUAUUCGACAUCACAAACUUCAUACUGGUGAGAAACCUUAUGAAUGUAAGGAAUGUGGGAAGGCAUUUACAGUGCUCCAAGAACUUACUCAACAUCAGAGACUUCAUACUGGUGAAAAGCCCUAUGAAUGUAAGGAAUGUGGAAAGGCCUUUAGAGUACAUCAGCAACUUGCCAGGCAUCAAAGAAUUCACACUGGUGAGAAACCCUAUGAAUGUAAGGCAUGUGGGAAGACUUUUAGGCAGUGUACACACCUUACUCGACAUCAGAGACUUCAUACUGCUGAGAAGCUCUAUAAAUGUAAGGAAUGUGGGAAAGCCUUUGUAUGCAGUCCAGACCUUAGAGUACACCAGAAAAUUCAUUUUGGUGAGAAGCCUUAUGAAUGUAAGGAAUGUGGAAAGACUUUUAGAAUAUGCCAACAACUUACUGUCCAUCAAAGUAUUCAUACUGGUGAGAAACCCUAUGAAUGUAAGGAAUGUGGAAAGACUUUUAGAUUAAGACAACAACUUGUUCGCCAUCAGAGAAUUCAUACUCGGGAGAAACCUUAUGAAUGUGUGGAAUGUUGGAAGACCUUUAGUAGUUACUCACAACUUAUUUCACAUCAGAGUAUUCAUAUUGGUGAGAGACCUUACGAAUGUGAAGAAUGUGGGAAGGCCUUUAGAUUGCUCUCACAACUUACUCAACAUCAGAGUAUUCAUACUGGUGAGAAACCCUAUGAAUGUAAGGAGUGUAGAAAACCAUUUAGACUGCUCUCACAACUUACUCAACAUCAGAGUAUUCAUACUGGUGAGAAACCUUAUGAUUGUAAGGAAUGUGGUAAGGCUUUUAGACUUUAUUCGUUUCUUACUCAACACCAGAGAAUUCAUACAGGUGAGAAACCCUACAAAUGUAAGGAAUGUAAGAAGGCCUUUAGACAACAUUCACACCUUACUCAACAUCAGAAAAUUCAUAAUGGAAUUUAGUAGAAGAAAGCCUUGAAAUGUAUAGACCAUCAGAAAAUUCAUUUUUGAGAAUUUUUUUAUGCUCACAUCUAAGCAUAAGAAAUUUCAUAUUACAGAAAAAUGUUGCUUUAAAAGCCUUCCUUCACCAUGCAGACAUCAUCUUUAGCAAAUAUAUGUCAGAGAAUAAUACAAUGAAUGUAAUAAAAAUCUUUAGCUUUAUCAUUAUCUCCAUUUCACCACUUUAUUACCAGUGUGUUACUGGACAAGGUACUUAAACUUCUGUGCCUCAUUGUGUUCACUCAUAAAUUGGUGGUAAUGUACCUGUGUACAUUAUUUAUUGCUAUGUAAUACAUUACCACAACUUAAUUACUAGCUUAAAAUAAUACAUAUAUAUUAUUUCACAAUUUCUAUGAGUUGGAAGUCUGGGUAUAAUUUAGUUGGGUCUUCUGCUUCAGGGUCUCUCACAGGCUAAAAUCAAAGUUUUAGAUGGGGCUGAGUCUCAUCUGAAGGCUCAGCUGGAGAAGGGAUCCACUUCCAACCUCACAUGGUUGUUGGGUGAAUUUAGUUUCUUGUGUGAAUUUAGUUUCUUGUGAUAACAUUGAGGUCCUCACUUUCUGACUGUUGGCUAGAAGCUGAACUCAGUUCUUUGCCUCAUGGGCCUCUUCAACAUGCUGCUUACUUCAUCAAAAUAUGCAAGCCAAGAAGGCAGUAGAGUUUGCUAGAAUCAUAAAAGUUAUAAUCUUGUGUAGUCUAGUCACUGAAUAUUAGGUUGGCCAAAAAGUUUGUUUUUUUCUAUAAGGUGGCUCUAGUAGCUCUUAGUUGUCUUUAACUUCAUUCAAAACAAUUUUGUUAGAUGGUGUUGUGACAGCUGUCAU